UUAGGAAUUUUGUUACAUGUUGCUAUUUCCCCCCCUCUAUAUUGCUUAUUGUAAAUAAUUAAUCCCGUGCAGCUCGUGGGACGUACAGAGCUGGACUUUGUCUUGUUGGAAGGAGUUUGGCAGGGGCGAUGUGCCCCGAGACGACAUCCCCUGCACGGGGAAUCGUGUAGGAUCUGAGCUGGAUUUGGGGGAAUUUUACGGGGUUUUUUGGUGUUACGGUGACAGGGUGUGACCGGCAGCACCUUCUGCAGGAGGAUUUUGGGGCGAGGGCAGGGCAUGAGCGGAGGCGCCGGGGGCUCGGAGCGGCCUGAGGAGCGGCAGCGUUUCCCCCCGCCCGGCAAGUCCCUCCCCAUCUCAGCUUUGAGACAGAACGGACUCCUGCAGGCUCUCGUGUGGGGAGCGGGGCAGCCCGCGGGCCCUGAGAGCAGCGAGGAGCUGCGGCGAGCCCAGGAGGAAUGGGAGGCUGUGGAAGCGAUCCAGUCGGGGCUGGGGGGCACAUCGGUCACUGCCACCCCCCCGAUCUCCUUCAAUGAAGCGCUGCAGUACUUCCAGACAGCUGACCUCUCCGAGUGCAGGGUACGGGCAGGGCCCCGCGCUCUGGCCCCCUCUCGGGGUGUAGUUUUAAAGAAGGUCCGGGCGACGGUGCGCAGGCAAGGCCUGGCUGCUCUGGUUCGCUUCCUCUUCGGCCCUCCCCGGCUCCAGCCGCAGCUGCAGGGAGAGCGGGAGCUGGCCCUGGCCAUGGCGCAGUGUGGUCUGGAUGAUAACGAGAGAGUGCACAUGAGAAUCCUGCAGACCAUUUACAAGAAGCUGACCCGCUCCAGGUUGGGCUGCCCGCGCUAUGGGGCGCACUGGGAAGAGCUCGGCUUUCAAGGUGCGGAUCCCGGGACCGACCUGCGAGGGACGGGGAUGCUGGCCUUGAUGCAGAUGCUGUUCUUCGUCAUGGAUGCUCAGACACUGCCUCUGGCUCAGGAGAUUUUCACCUUAUCCCAGCACGAAACUCAGAAUUUCCCCUUCUGCAUCAUGUCCGUGAACAUCACCCGCAUCGUCCUCCAGGCCCUGAGGGAGGAACGACUCUCCAGGGAGUGCAACCGCAGGCAGCAAGUCAUCGCCGUGCUCAACGACCUGUACGUGGCAGCCUUUCUGCAGCUCUACCGCAUCUGGAAACGGCAGCACAAGACCAUCACUGACUCUGGCUUCCUCCUGAAGGAGCUGGAAUUAUCUGCCAAAAAGAAACCGAAGCAGCUCCUGAAAUCCCUGGAGGCCUAUGUGAACCGAAGCCCUGUGGCAGACGGCUUUCAGCCACCAUCCCCUCCCUCCGCCGACAGCAGCUGGGCCGGCGAGGAAAUCAACUUCAUGGGCAUUUGUGAGCUGCAGGUUGAGCUGGAAGGAGAAUCCCGGCUGAUCUGAAAGGGAGGGAGACGCGCCGCAGGGAGCUCAGCUCUCGGAGGAUGCCUGGCUGUCAUCGCCAGCAGUUCAGGGGCUCGGGAAGGGCGGUGCGGGUCGCGGUGGUGGACGCAGAGCGAGGGGAGGCGGCCAGUGCCCUAAGAAAUGCAGUGAGAAGCGUCUGGGACUGAGCUGAGGGCAGUUGGGAGCCCAGGACACCAUUGAGGGUAGAUUUUUUUUUGCCCUAAAUCCCCAGAAAUGUGGCUCCAUCCUUCCCCCCUCUUGCCCCACAAGCGUCCAGGCUGUGGUGUUGGUGUUGCUCAGCACCACUGGAGCGAGCCGCAGGUUUUGACCCCUCUCCAGGCCAAAAUCUCCCAAAGCGAAGGAGGAAAACGUGGCAGAGCAGGUGGAUUUUUAUGAGCCGCCAACCUCAGGCCGGGAUAGUCCAUCUGUCUGUCCCGAAUCCGGGCUCCCGUCUGCCUUUACCCCCGGCAGGAAAGCUUAGUGACGCUGCGAGCAGAGCCGGGGCACGGUGACAGGGCUCCUGGGUCCAAAUCACAGCCACGGCAGCACCGGGCGGGGGUUAAAACCCCUCGGCUCAGGCUGCGGCACCUUAAUUUUGCGUCGACAGUGGGAUACGAGCAGCAGUGCAGCCCUGUGCUGGGGCAGUGAGGGGGGGAGCUCGUCCCUCAAGGUUUGGGGAGCCCCCAUCAGCUCCCCUGGGCCCUGUCAGCGCCAAAAUAAGUUACUCCAAGGAGGAAAAAAUGCUUAAUGGUGAUUUUAGACUUGGAUUUGCUUCUGGGUUUUUUUUUGCGGCUGGGUGAGAGGAGAGGGAUUCUGUCCUGUGAACGUGUCGAGACUGAGAGCACCGAGGGGGGGCAAGAGCCCUCCGUGCCUCAGUUUCCCCUUUGUGAAAUCCCAGUUACAGCGGGGGCCAAGCCGGGGGCAGGAACGGCAGCUUAGAACUGCUCCACAAGCAUCUUCAGCCCUUGAGAGAGGGGGAAAAAAAAGAAAAAAGCCCCAACCCCCCAGAUCUGGAGACAGAAGGUGUGUUUGAACAGGGGAAGCGAGGAGCUGGCGUGCUGACGGAGCCGUGCGUCGCACAGCGGUGCCGUUAUCCCUCCGAAAAGGCCAUCGCCUUCCCCGCAGGGCUGGAACUGCUUCCCCCGGCUGAAAAAAAAAACCCAAUAAAUGGGAAAACCGGA